AUGUUAACAGAUGUUCAUUCACCAAGACCUGAAGGAGCUCCUGGUCCUGGGAUCACAUUGGACAGGAUGCAGUUCAAUAAACUUCUGUUCCUCUUCUCAACAAUUGUUGUCUGCGCUUCGGCUGCACAUUUCCUUGAACAAGAAUGGAAUCUGUGGAAAUCUAAAUAUGGAAAACAAUAUGACACAGAAGAAAUUGAGUUGAAUCGCCAAGAAGCAUGGUUAGCCACGAGGGAUCUGGUGCACAAACACAACCAGCUGGCAGAACUAGGUCUUAAAAACUACACUUUGACAAUGAAUCAGUUUGCAGAUCUGACCCCAGAAGAACGGGCUUCCCACAUCAGCCUUGGUUUGAAAGGGCAAAUGGCAAUCUCACAUCAUACCCAUAUUCGCCAUGGAAAUCUGCCCGUUAUUCCUGAUGAAUAUGACUGGAGAAAUUCAAAAUGUGUGACUCCUGUUAAAAGUCAAGGCGAAUGUGGCUCAUGUUGGGCAUUUGCAACGGUGAGCCUUAUUGAAACCCGUUACUGCCUUGAUAAGGGUAAGCAACUCAUAUUCAGUGAGCAGCAGCUUGUGGAUUGCGAUAAAUCAAACGAUGGUUGUGAUGGUGGACUCCCAAUUAAAGCUCUGGAAUAUGUUUCCAAAAAUGGUAUUAUGAAGAGUAAUGACUACAAAUAUAAAGAAAAGCAAGGUAAAUGCUUAUUUAACUCAAACAAUGCAAUAAAGAUGAAAGCAAAAAAAUUCUAUUAUGUGAAUGGAGAAGCAAAUAUGGCAACAUCAGUGGCAACUACUGGACCUCUCACUGCUGGAAUUGGAGUUAAUGAUGAAUUUAUGCUGUAUGAAAAAGGAAUAUAUGAUGGAACCUGUGCUGAUGGACCAAAUCAUGCAAUCGUCGUUGUGGGUUACGGCCGUAACUUCUGGACAGUAAGGAAUAGCUGGGGUGACGGUUGGGGAGAAGCCGGCUAUGUGAGAAUGAAGAGAAACAUUAACCAGUGCAGUAUAGGCGUCAUGCCAGCGACUAUGGAAUUCACAUUCAAUUAAGGAACACCUCGAGCAGCAACACAAAAUUCAGUGGUUGACAAAGAAGAAUAUCCCUCUCGAUGAAUUGGCUUUUGUUUUCUUAAAUCUUCACUUGGUGAUUUUGAGAUGGGCUCCACCUACAUAAAACCGAUAAAUGUUUUCAUGGUAUAUGGUUUAUUUUUUAAUUAAAGGAAAUGCAUUUAACUUA